AUGCUUUGUGGUCAAUAUCCAGAGCAAUCAAAUAGGAAUCAUCAUGAAGAUGAAAGGAGAAAAGAAAAAUGGAGAGAAAGAGAAGAAAAAGAAGUGGAAGUAGAAGAAAAACUGGAAGAGGAAGAGGAAAAGGAAGAACAAUGUCCCCGGGAACGAUUUGUCAGCAAACCCCUCAUGGACACUCUCUGGGCAAUGUUUAAGUUAAACAAAUGCCCCACAAGAAGAGAUAGCCAAUCACUGGCAUUUGAAUUUAACAUGACAGUAGAACAGAUAAAUCAAUGGUUUCAUAAAAGGAGGAAGAGCUACAAUGAAGAUAUGUACAAGCAGAAAUAUAAGAAAAGAUCCAAGAGGUAA